GACGGCACGGUGGUUUCCUGGGGCAACGCGGAGUUUGGAGGGGACAGCUCUUCAGUUCAGCAUCAGCUGAGGAAUGUUGUUUGUUUGGAUGCUUCCGGGAGCGCAUUUGCGGCGACGCUACAAGACAGGUCUGUCAUCACCUGGGGAGAUGCUGAAUUUGGCGGAGACAGCCAUGCCGUGAAACACGAGCUGCUGGAUGUGAGGCAGAUAUGCCCCUCGCGGCACGCCUUUGCCGCAAUUCUGCUGGAUGGGUCUGUUGUGACCUGGAGGAGCCCUGACUUUGGUGGCGACAGCAGCGCAGUCUGUCAUCAGCUGAAAGGCGUGCUACAGAUCCAGCCAAGCCUCUUUGCCUUUGCGGCGCUGUUGGAUGAUGGAUCA